UUGGUAUCUUUUCUCUGCCCCCGCUCCCUCCCACCCUCUCGCCCCUCCACCACUUCCCCCCCCGUUCUCCUACUGCGCACAUACGCCACGCACUCACUCCUGGAGCUGCUCAAUCAAAGGAGUUUCCUUCCCAUUUCUUUUUUUUCCGUUUUUAAAGCCUUUUGGUCAGUUUCUGACUAUCGACGCUCCUGCGAGGGAAUGGAGGCUGUGGCCAAGUACGAGUUCAACGGAGCUGGGGAGGACGAGCUGAGCUUCAAGAAAGACGACAUCCUUAAGGUCCUGAGCACUGAAGAUGAUUGGUACAAAGCUGAGCUUUACGGGCAUGAGGGGUUCGUGCCAAAGAACUACAUUGAAAUUAAUAUGCCCAGCUGGUUCCGUGGUGGGAUUGGCCGAAGCGAGGCAGAGUCCAUUCUGUUGGGGCAGGAGGUGGGAUUCUUCCUCAUCAGGGCUAGCCAAAGCUCCAAGAAUGAGUUCUCCAUCUCAGUCAGGCAUGAGGACGACGUCCAGCAUUUUAAGGUCCUGCGUGAUGGCAAAGGUCACUACUUCCUGUGGUCGGAGAAGUUCGACUCCCUGAACAAACUGGUGGAAUAUUACAAAGUCAGCUCAAUCUCCAAAACAACGCAGAUCUACCUGAGGGACUCCAAGAAAGAAACAAAGGGAGGCUUUAGUCAUCUUGACCUGCGAAUGCCAGAUCCACGAAUGAUGGGUUCCCGAAUGCCAGAUUCUCGAAUGCCAAAUCUUCGAAGCCCAGAUCCUCGAAUGCCAAAUCCUCGAAGCCCAGAUCCUCGAAUACCAAAUCCUCGAAUCCCAGAUCCUCGAAUGCCAAAUCCUCAAAUCCCACAUCCCCGAAUGCCAGAUUCCCGAAUGCCAGAUUCCCGAAUGCCUAAUCCACGAAUUUCAGAUUCCCGAAUGCCAGAUUCUCGAAUUCCAGAUCCACGGCUGGCUGGCUCACCUGGCUUAAGUGCACAUUUUAGUGACACCUCAUCAGUGUUUCGAAAGGGCUCCAACCCACAGCCCUCCUUCAAUGACAUACCAUCCAAAUCCAGGCAGUCCUGCAGCCCACAGCCUCCUUUCCAGGAGCCACCAUCAACGUUUAGGAAAGCCAGCGAAUGUCCACCGGUGCCAAAAGCCAGGCGAGUACGCGCCAUGUUUGAUUUCUCAGCCGAGGCUGAUGACGAGCUGGAGUUCAAGAGCGGUGACAUCAUCGAGGUCCUGGACAGCACAGACCCCUCGUGGUGGAAGGGAUGUCUAUGGGGACGGAUUGGUUUAUUCCCAAGUAAUUACGUGGCACCAGUUAACCGGUGACACCCCCUCGAUCUCUGGAAAGUUGUCAUUCUCUUUCCCACCCUUCAUAAUAGUGAUCAAUAAAAUAUUUGUGCUUGAA